AAAAGCAAAGAGAAAAAAAAAAAAAAAAAGCACCAAGGCAGCAAGACAGCAAUAUCAACCAACAAAUACCCAGUAUUCCUACGUCAUUCGUACGUUGAGGAAUUGCUGACGCGUCGCCAGUGCUCCUACUGGCCCAUCACUCAUCACCAAUGUCAAGUCCUGUUCCGCCAAACAUGAAAAAGCUGGCCAUCGCGGCCCUCGACGCCAAGACUCGCGAGCUCAAGCAGCGACUCCAAGCUAUCAUGCAAGAACGCUCUUCUUUUCCGCCCGCCACCAGCGAGCAUCUUGCGGCUGCUAGCAGACCCCUUAGCACUACUACGGUCGCGUCAACACCAAGGCCCCCGCAAGUUGAGACACCGAAACCUCGGUUCGUUCCUCAUACCGUCCCCCAGGUUCCUACCGAGACGUCCAUCUCGGCCGAUGAGAGUGAUAUUGCUGCUCUGAUUCGCUCCUUUUCCGAUCACGUGGAUCCCACAGCAGAUAUUAUCCCUAGACCGGCUUCCUCGACCACACAGCAGAAUCAAAGCUCUGUCGAGGCCCAGCCGGUCCAGGCCACUCCUGCACCCGUGUCGAAUCCCUCCUCUGUGCGGCCUCCUAAACCCGCAGAGGCUGCAAUCACAGCGAUCUCCACUUCGGACGAGGAGGGUGAGAUUCCGAGCGACACUGAAGAGCCAGUUAAAGCAGGAAUGGCCCACGAACGAUCUCAGGAGCAAUCGAAGCACCAAGUCGCUCAAGAACCUGACAAGGCCCCCCGAUCCGGACCUAAUAGUACCUCUAACAAGAAACAACUCCCUCAAAAAGGCCCUGGUAAGCCCCAGACGGGCACCGGGAAGGCCCUACGUACAAAUAACAGGCCCGAAUCUCAGAAUGCUCAGACCAAGAAUCAACCUACCGCCACCUUAUUGACUCCCGAAAAGGCCCUGGAGCGAGCCUUGGAGCUCAACCCGGACCUGCGGGAAUGGCUGGCGCUAACUAAUUACCAUGACGCCGAAACACGUACCAAAAAGAUCGAACGAUAUCGUAAGCUGAAAGCUCUGGCGGCAGAGAAAGAACGAAUCGAAGCUGAGCAUGCUGCCCAGAGGGCCAGGCUAGAGGCCGAGCAGCGCAAGCUACUGGAAGAAGAGGGGCUAGACUUUGGUCUCAUUGCCACGCCGGUAGUCGAAACUGCCCCGGCAAUCAUUAACAAAGUAUCCGAAGUUCCCGAGGUUGUAGCGCCCAAAAGGGAACGCGAGCCGUCCGUGGACAUGACCGAUGCUCCUCCGGAGAAGAAGCAUCGGCCGGAGGAGAACGGACCCCGGCCGAUGGACAUUGACAACCAGUAUGAUGACCGUUACCGUGAACGUGGUCGGCCCGAGUAUCCUAUCAAGCGUGCCCCCUCAUGGUCUCCGCGUCGUUAUCGCGCACCGUCACCUCGUCGUGACCACCGUCCAAGCCGUCCCACCUCGCGUGACCGCGAAUAUCAACACUCUCGGUUUUCUCCUCGGCCUCGGUCCCGCGACCGUUCCGAAUACAACAAAUACGACGGACGCCUUCUUCAUAAACAUGACGACCGGAGCUACCGUGAUGAUGUCAACGGCUUCUUUGACGAACACGGUGGAGACAAAGCGCAAAGCGCCCAGUCGCCCCGGCGACCUAGGGAUUUGGAGCAUGUUGAGCACUUUGAUACGGGCAAAAAGGGCGAUACCCGAUUUUUCGUUCUAAAGUCGUUUAACAACGAGAAUUUGGACAAGGCCAUGGACGACGCAAUCUGGGUCACCCAAACGUCCAACGAAGAAAAGUUCACCAAGGCCUACCAGACGUGCAAAAAUGUCAUCUUCUUUUUCUCUGUGAACAAGAGCAAGGCUUUUCAGGGUUAUGCACUGAUGACCAGUUUACCUUCGGCCGACAUCAACAAAGCAUCUUGGAUGAAGAAUAUCCAUUGGCAGACCUCCCCUCCCUUCCGUCUCAGAUGGCUUAGCAAAGUUGCUGUUCCCUUCUCUCGCAUUGGAUACCUCAAAAACCCGCUCAAUGAGAAUCUCUCGGUCCUGAUUGCCAAAGAUGGUCAGGAAGUCGAGGAGGAUUGCGGCCGAGCAUUGCUGAGAGAGAUGGAAUCCUAUGCCGAGUGGGAAUCGAACAAGACAGCAUUCCCCUCGGGAAGUCGUCAACAGCCACAACCCGCACGCCGGGAAAGCGAUUCAGCGUCGGGCUUUAACCCCGCCUCGUGGUGGAAAAACAAGAAGAAGCCGCACAACAACACCAGUCAUUGGAACAACCAGCGCAAUACCAAGCGUGCGGAUGAUUAUCACGAUAGGUUUCCUGCGCGUUAGCUUCUCCAGUGUGAAGGGCCGUUCAAGCAAAACGUAUGAAGCGGUCUAUUUACAGUCAUCUACUGAGCCUCAAACAAGGGAGGCCCGGAUCUAACCAAACGACAAACAACUACAAAAACCGAUCUAAAAUCUAUCAAACUCAAACUUAUAUGGAUGAACAAAAAGAAAAACAGUUGCGGCGGCGGGCGCGGCAGAGGAAGAGGCGGUUUGGUGAGUAGUGAUCAUCGCAGUAGUAAGAGUGAUGAUGAUUCACGGGUAUCGGAGGAUUUAAGGGGGUUACCAACAAGAAUCUGAUUUGGUAUUAAAGGCGUGCUCGCGAAGGGGGGGGCAGCAGUGUAUACAAUCUGUGUACCAUGUACGUUAAGUUAGCAGUUCGAUUAUAAAAGGCGGAUGAAGAAGUCGGAGAUGAGAUGUGCAUGAGUAGGUUG